GGUUAUUCUUACUUAUAUGAGCCACUUUGGUGGGCAGGCAUGAUUACUAUGAUUGUUGGGGAAGUUGCCAAUUUUGCUGCUUAUGCAUUUGCUCCCGCAAUUCUUGUAACUCCACUUGGGGCACUUAGCAUUAUAAUCAGUGCUGUGCUGGCUCACAUUAUACUGCAGGAAAAGCUGCAUAUUUUCGGUAUUCUUGGCUGUGCGCUUUGUGUUGUGGGAUCAACAAUGAUAGUUCUUCAUGCUCCGCAGGAAAGGGAUAUCGAGUCAGUGAAAGAAGUAUGGGAUCUUGCUACCGAACCAGUUUUUCUCUGCUAUGCAACUAUUGUGAUUUCAGCCUCAUUUGUGCUUAUAUUCUGCUAUAUCCCCAAGUAUGGGCAGACAAAUAUAAUGUUCUAUCUUGGUGUUUGUUCGUUGGUUGGUUCUCUAUCGGUCAUGAGUGUCAAGGCCCUUGGGAUUGCGCUGAAAUUGACAUUUUCUGGAAUGAAUCAAUUGAUAUAUCCACAAACUUGGGCAUUUACCAUUAUCGUUCUUAUUUGCGUGGUUACACAAAUCAACUAUCUAAACAAGGCACUUGACACUUUCAAUACUGCUGUUGUAUCACCAAUUUACUAUGUAAUGUUUACGUCAUUGACCAUUUUGGCUAGCGUAAUCAUGUUCAAGGAUUGGGAUCGACAAAACCCCACACGAAUUGUCACGGAGAUGUGUGGUUUUGUGACAAUUCUUUCUGGCACAUUUCUGCUUCACCAGACAAAGGACAUGACUGAUGAUGGUUCAUUUGUUUUGUCACGAUCCCUAUCUCUGCGACAGCCUAAGCAUGCUGAUGAGAAUAGUGUAAGAUAUGAAGGAAUACCUCUAAAGUAUGUCGAGGCAUAAAAUACUCCUGAUGGCCUUUGCAUAGUUACACAUUGUUUUAUAUAUACAUUUUCUUUUUCCAAUUUGUGAAAUAAUAUACAUUUUAUUCUUUAAGUUAAAUUCUAGGAAACCUGAUAUAUAU